AUGGAACCCCGCUAUCCAAACACUGCUCAUUAUGGCCACGCUCGGCCACGCUCGCCAACCUUCAACCCCGCAAGAGCCUCUCUGCCCAGCAGUAUAGGAUAUAGUUCCAUGUAUGGCGGUGAUAUUCAUGUCAUGCCAACGUCGACCCGAUACAGCACCGGAACUUCGAAUCGCCAUCGCUCCGCCGCGAGCCCAACUACCACCACACACUACGCCGUCUCGAAAGAUCCCCUGGCCCGCGGCCCUAACUUGCGAGAAGCCAGUCGUUCCCGCCGCUCCUCAACCCUUGAUUCGUCGAGUCCUCGACCUGUCAUCGUCACCACAACACAGAGACCGCAAGGCCAUCAACCCUCACACUCUUCCGGUGGUAGACACAGCAGCCCGACUCGCGACGACUACCGAACAAGCGAUUCUUCAUUUUACACGCAACCUGCCUCUUCCAUACGUUCCCGAAGUCACGCUCGUGGCAACUCAUACGGCACUCAUGAUGAGUUUGCUCACCUUCGGACCGGCGACAACCUCAGCGCGAGGCAUGAUACGUACCGUAGUCGUACGCCAGCCAUAUAUUCCAAUACACCACGCCACAGCGGUACAAAUGUAGCUUAUGGGGGCGAGGGCUAUGAGUACACGAAUCCCAGCGACUUGGCUCGCUACGACCUCACUCAUGAUCGCCCAACCCGGUCGCAAAGGCGGGAAAGCUUCGAUCGUAGCUACUCCCGGCCUCACGUGAACGUGUCCACAGAUGCCGGCUGGGCGUACAACAGUUCCACGCGAUACGACAACCGUGGGGGCCCUCCCCCCAGCACCAGAGGCUUCGACAAAAUUACUCGCAGCUCCACUGUGGUUCCAUACGAGGCGCCGCCACUUCAAGACUCUGUUCCGCCCACGGUCCCCGCCGCGCCACAACGACUCCAAGUCCCCGACAGCCCAAAGGAACGUCGUACCGGUGGUUCACCGGAAGUCGGUGCUGUUUCUAAUGCCGAGUCUCGCGGGCCCCGCAGACGGCCAGUCUCGGUUUAUCAGGAGGGUGCACCACGCUCUAUCCAUCACGAAGAUUAUUACCGAAGCAGAGAAGAUGACCGUGCCCAGAAAUUGUCACGCGACCACGAACGAGAACUUGAUCAAGGCUAUGGCACCAUCCAUACCGAUUCCUUUCGCGACGAAAGUAUCGCGGCGCGUGGCUUCGGCAUCAGGACGGAACCCCUUGCCGCACCAGCUCGCAACGACGCUGCGACAGCCGGCGCGGAUUACGAUAACCGCCGUGAUGUGCGCAAGGAGCCGCAUGCUAGCAGUGAAGGGAGAAGAACUUCCGAAGAGGACAGCAGGCGGCCGGUCAUCUAUGACAAGCCCAAAGAGCAUCGGGAUCGACGCACAAGUACUGCCAACGAUGAAGAGCCAGAUCGCAACAGGCUUCGCGAUAAGGUCGGCACUGGGCUUGGGAUCGCUGCGACAGCUCUAGGCCUCCAACAUGCUGUGGGCAAGGACAAGGACAAGGAUGGGAAGCUGCCUGAGAAGAACGAUCAAGAAUCGUCUCGUCGCCGGAGCCCGGAUGAUGACCGCGAUCGCCGGCGGGAUGAAGACUUGUCUUCUAAACCAAACGACCGGUACAGGCCACGCGAGGAGUCUCGCGACCCCCGUGAUCGCGCAACCGUGAUCGUCGAGACUCGUCCGUCCGUGCCUCAGCCUAAGGAUGAAGCUGAUACCCGUGACCGCCUUCGUCGGGAGGCUGAAGGUAGACUUGGUGGCGAAGGCCCGAGAGGAGGGGCCCCUCGUGAGGCAUCAUCGGAUGAGGAGGCCAUUUCCAAGACUAAGAGGAGACGUCCCUCAAUCGCAUUUGACCCCACAAACACGUCGGAUCUCAAGGCUCUGAAAGAGCAGAUGGCUGCUAUGAACGCUGCCGAGACGUCAAAGCCUAGGUUGGACAGACCUGUUGAUGCUGAAUUGUCGAGGGACCCUCGAGAAUCAAGAGAAUUGCGGGACUCUCGAGACCAAAGGGACUCUAGGGAUUUAAGAGAUUACCGAGACAACAGGAUUGCAGCCGCUGAGCUACCACGGGACUACAGGGAGCCUCACUCAUCAACAACCGAGCCACCGCGUGAUUAUAGAGAUAGUCGCGCUACUGUGGCAGAGCCAGCCCGAGACUACAAAGAUUACAAAGAUGCUCGCUCGGUGCCUGUUGAUUCCUACAGGGACCACAGAGAGUCACGCUCGGCGGUGCCGGAACCUACGCGAGAUUUGAAGGAUGCUCAGGUGGUGUCGCCACCAAUCCCGCCAAAAGAGCCAAUCCUGCCUCCAUCUCAAGAUUCGACGCUUGUUGGGGGAAAGGACGAAUCUCGCGGCCGAGAGCUUACCCCGUUGAAAACUGAAGACAAGCAGGUCCGUGUCGUCUCGCCACCUCGCGACAAAACGGACUCCAAGCCAUUGAAAGGCAUUCUGAAGCAACCGAGCAAAUUCCCCGAGGAGCACAACCCUAUCCGUGAGGGCGUAGCACCGCAUAAGGACGACAAGAAACUGAAGGAUGCUCCUGCGGGCGCGCGCUGGACUAAGAUUAGCCGCAAGGUUGUUAACCCUGAAGCUCUGACGGUCGGCAAAGAACGAUUCGAGGUUCGCGAUGAUUUUGUCAUCGUUCUGAGAGUCCUAAGCAAAGAGGAGAUUCAAGCGUACGCCUCGGCAACGCAGAUACUCCGAGAGCGGCGACGAGAUGGAGAACGCACGAGCGAUCGCGAUCGUGACCGCGACGCUGAUCGAGUACGGGAUCGCGAGCGGGGGCGUGACCGCGAUGCCGAUGAUGAUGAAAGGUCGAAGCCGUACCGCCAACACCGCCGCGAUGAUGAUUACGACAAAUACGACGAUGAUCGUGAAAAAGAUCGCGGAGAUCGGCACCGGAGGCACGAAGAAGACUCGAGGCAUCACCGGCGACACCGUGGCGAUCGAGAGCGUGACCAGCUGGCUAUUGAAGGAUGA